GAACUGCAGGUCUGUAGUCAUCCAUCGUCCGCCCGAUCUAGCCGGGGGCGGGCAGGGCAGAAAAAGCACAACCAGCGAAACUGGUAAUUAGAUGAACCUCAACAAGCAGGACAAACAAACAAGCACCCUAGAAAGCAUGGAAUGAACAGUGCGCGGAUACGGGCGCGCGCACCCCAUCUCAACUUCGGGCUUUGCGCCGCUGCCGAGAGAGCUAAGCAAAGCGUACGUCAAAGUCCGAAACAUUUCCAACGCGCCGCCCGCCACCGACGUCCACCGACAGGAGCAAAGAAUUCGUCGCAGAGGCAGUUGCAGAGGAGAGUGCAGCUCUGGACCGCGCUCGCUGUCUUGGCUAAACACGCCAAUUUCAUCCACACGCCGGGCACGUCGGGUAUCCGGGUCUGGGAGAGGGAAGAGGAUGGGGCUCAGGUUCUUAAAUGUCUUGGGGAAUCGGGGGAGGGAAAGUGGCGCACAUCAACCGGAGAUCAAAAAACACACGGCCUCUGCGAUCUGACGUCUUGGUCCCCUCGUCUCACACUACGCCAGAACACCCGGGAGUCGGUGCGGCGCUCAACCACCACCACACGCCCAUCGCGCACCUUUUCCUCACCUCACCUCACACCUCGCUCUCUCUCUCCUGCUGGUAGACUCUCUUGCAUAUGUCCCGCCCCCGUGACGGGCGCCAAAACGCCAGAAAAUCUACCUUACGCCAUGGCCGUCGGACUCGACAUGGGGACUUUAUCAAAAAGGUCUGCGCCUCCCGCGCCGAUGACACCAUGAAGCUCGUUCUCUUGGAUGCCGAAAGAGAAGGAAUGGGCAAAGGAUUGGGGCAAAAGUUUCGCAAAGUUUAGCUUUUAGUUUUUCACACCUUCCUUUCUGAUGA